AUGUCGGACUCCGAUUCUUCGCAGCAGCAGCAGUUCGCAGUGCCGGUGGAGGGCGAGCCGCGCUCGGCCUCGCCGCCUCCCGCAGCAGCAGCAGCAGCAGCAGCAGCAGCAGCAGCAGCAGCAGCAGCAGCAGCGGACGAGAAGACGCCGCUGCGGGGGAAGCUGAAGUCCGCAGUGGCGCGGGGGCACCUGCUGGCGCGUCGCGCAGCAAAGCGGAGUGUGAAGUCGAAGCAGUUUGCUGCUGCGCAGUACCUGGAGCUGCUGCAGCAGCAGCAGCAGCAGCAGCAGCCGCUGCUGCUGCGCUGGACCAGCAUUUGCUGCUGCUUGCUGCUGCUGCCUGCUGCUGCCUUCGACUUGGCCACGCUGGCGCUGUCGCUGAGUGCUGCGGAAAUGCUGGCGAACAUCUACGGGCUGCUGGGGGCGCUGCUGCUGCUGGCAGCAGAAUUCUGCUGCAGCAGCAGCAGCAGCAGCAGCAGCAGCAGGAGGGCGCGCGCGGCGCGCGCGCUGCUGCUGCUGCUGCAGCAGCAGCUGCCGCUGCUGCUGCGCUGCUGGGGCCGCGGCUUGCUGCAGAUUUAUAUUUCUUCUUUUUGGAUUUCUUUUCGCAAAGUUUGGAACUUGCUGCAGUUCCUUCCGGGGCUGCUGCUGCUGCUGUGCGGGCUGCUGAAUUUGCUGCGGGGCGCAGCAGCAGCGUGGCGGCUGCGCGCUGCUGCUGCGCGCUGCGACCCCGCGCUGCUGCUGCUGCUGCAGCAGCAGCUGCUGCUGCUCGACGCGCUGCUGCAGGCCCUGCUGCUGCAGCAAAAUGGAUUUAUUUCUCAAAAAGAUCUCCAAAAAACUUCUCCGAAUUUCCAAUUUUUCUCCAACUCCGAUUUUCUGCUGCCGGACUUCCCCGCAGACGCCCACGGCCGCGUCGACGCCCCACAGCUCCGCCGCUGGUGGCUCGCACACAAGGCCCCCCUGCUCCUCUAG